CUGGUCCACACUUAUAAUACCUCAUAGAACACCACCACGCAUUACUUAAAAUCUGGAGUGUUCGGCGGCCGUUGCGCCUGGCAUAACGUCUUCUUUCCACACAUUCGAAUUCGCUCUUUAUUCCACGUUUAUAUAUAAAUAUGACUACAGUUGCAUCCCUCUGAUUUAUUGCGUGGGGAUAUUUUCUUGCUUCCCUGUCCGUCACUCCGAUGGCAGAGGAGAGGAAUCAGGACAGAUGCCGCCAGUGGAUAUUUCUUUUAGAGGAAAUGGGACCAAACCUUUGUGACUACAACUACUGUCCUGAACUACCAAUCUGCGGUCAUUUUAUACGAUUCUCUCCGUUACAAAUUGGUCACUAAGAUAAUGAUCAAAACUGACAGCAAGUGUCUAAAUGAAGUUGUCCAACCAUGAAUUGUUCCUGGAAGGCUGUGAUUCUGCUAGCCUUGGCAUCCAUAGCAAUCCAGUACACAGCAAUCAGAACACUGACAGGCAAGCCCUUUCAGCUUUGCCCCGUCCCCAGCCCCAUGAACUGCAGCGUGGGGGCCGACACAGAGCCCUUCGACCGGACCUGUGACGAGGGCCCCUCCUUUCCGUACAACGCCUCUAGGAAGACCCACAUUCUCAUUCUGGCCACCACGCGUAGCGGCUCCUCUUUUGUGGGGCAGCUGUUCAACCAGCACUCGGAUGUUUUCUACUUAUUUGAGCCGCUCUACCACGUGCAGACCACCCUCGUCCCCCGGCUCUCGCACAGCAGGAACGUCGCCGAGCGGAGGGUGAUGCUGGGGGCCAGUCGGGACCUCCUGAGGAGCCUGUGUGACUGCGACCUCUACUUCUUGGAGAGCUACAUCAAGCCACAGCCGGUGAAUCACACCACGGACAAGCUGUUCCGUCGGGGGGCCAGCAAGGCGCUAUGCUCGCCCCCGGUGUGCGACGCCUUCGGACCCGCCGAGGUCAACAUCGAGGAGGGCGACUGCGUCAAGAAAUGUGCUUCGCUCAACAUGACCCUGGCCGUCGACUCCUGCCGGGAGCGCCGCUACAUCGCCCUCAAGACGGUGCGGGUCCCGGAGAUCGGCGACCUCCGGGUCCUGGUGGAGGACCCCCGGCUCAACCUGAAGAUCAUCCAGCUGGUUCGCGACCCUCGCGGGAUCCUGUCCUCCAGGAUGGAGACCUUCCGGGAUGCCUUCCGGCUGUGGAGGAUCUGGAGGGCCACCGGCAGGAAGCCGUACAACCUGGACCUGUCCCAGCUGAAGGUGGUGUGUGAGGACUUCCUCAACUCCGUCUCCACAGGCCUGAGCAGGCCUCACUGGCUGAAGGGGAAGUACAUGUUGGUGAGAUACGAGGAUGUGGCCAGGAACCCUCUCCAAAAGACCAAGGAUAUUUUCGAGUUCCUGGGGAUGUCACUGGACCAGAAUGUGGUCAAAUGGAUAAAGAGAAACACUCGGGGGAGUAAGGAGCUGUCCGCCAAGCACAAGUAUGGCACCGUGAGGGACUCAGCGGCUAAUGCCGAGAGCUGGAGGUUGAAACUGUCGUUUGAAAUUGUCGACUACACUCAGAACGUCUGUCAGCAGGUCCUCCACCAGCUGGGGUACAAGGCCGUCAACUCAUCCGAGGAACUGAAGAACAUGUCGCUCACGCUCAUUGAAGACAGAACUUUUGUACCUUUUUUGUAACGAAAGUGGUCGUGGAUGCCUAUUUUUGAUAUGUUUAUAAAUGUUGCCUUAAUGUAUUUCAGAUUUGCACUAAAGUUCCAAAACCCUUGAUGAAAACUGAGCGGUAUCCUUGUUCCUAGAGAAUCAGCACAACGAUGCUAGAUGCAGAUCAGUUUUGAUCCACUGUAUCGAGAACAAGUUUUGCUUCAGGAAUAGGAGGGAACCUUAAAGCUUAGUGUUUCUUGAGGUCACCGUAUGCUGGCUGUUGCAUUGACAAAAUUGAAUGUUGCCAUUUGUCUAUAUGAUGCAAUUGGACCCACAAUAUAAUUGAAAAAUAUAUUUAACACCUGUGGUUGAAAUACUGAACUGUGUGAGAGCAAGUGUGCAAUAAAAAGUGAAUACUGCA